AUGGAUACCAAAAUGGACGUGGAUGUGGGCAAAGAGCCUGAGCCUCACCGGCUCUCACCAACAGAGGAUCCUGGGUCAAUCUCUACCCUCGACGGGUGGAUAGAAAGCUUGAUGAGCUGUAAACAGUUGAGUGAGAAUGAUGUCCAGCGACUGUGCGAUCGAGCACGUGAGGUCUUGCAGGAGGAGUCGAACGUGCAGCCAGUUAAAUGCCCUGUCACUGUUUGCGGGGAUAUCCAUGGCCAAUUCCAUGAUCUGAUGGAGCUUUUCAAGAUUGGCGGACCCAACCCAGACACAAAUUACCUAUUCAUAAGCGACUAUGUCGACAGGGGUUACUACUCAGUCGAAACAGUCACCCUCUUAGUCUCCCUCAAGAUUCGCUACCCUCAACGUAUCACCAUCCUCCGAGGCAAUCAUGAAUCCCGACAAAUCACCCAGGUCUAUGGCUUUUAUGACGAAUGUCUACGGAAAUACGGCAAUGCCAAUGUCUGGAAAUAUUUCACCGAUCUUUUUGACUACCUGCCUCUGACUGCCUUAAUCGACAAUCAGAUCUUCUGCCUGCAUGGAGGCUUAUCGCCAAGUAUCGAUACUUUAGACAACAUUCGAGCGCUGGAUAGAAUUCAAGAAGUGCCACACGAGGGGCCGAUGUGCGAUCUCUUGUGGAGUGAUCCCGACGACAGAUGUGGGUGGGGGAUAAGCCCAAGAGGAGCCGGCUACACAUUCGGUCAAGACAUCUCGGAAGCUUUCAACCAUAACAAUGGACUUACAUUGGUCGCAAGAGCACAUCAGCUCGUGAUGGAAGGAUACAAUUGGAGUCAGGAACGCAAUGUUGUUACCAUUUUCUCGGCCCCGAAUUACUGCUAUAGAUGUGGGAAUCAAGCUGCCAUAAUGGAGAUAGACGAGCACUUGAAGUAUACUUUCUUGCAAUUUGACCCUUGUCCGAGGGAAGGUGAGCCAAUGGUCUCAAGAAGAACACCGGAUUAUUUCCUGUAUGUCAUGGAUAUACAAGAAUUCCUAUACAAACUCGGAGAACGGCGGAGGCAGGCGAAAUCGAACAGGAACUCGACGGCUGAAGCCAUUGACCAAGUGUUGCCUCGUGAAACACAUGAUUCGAGAGUAUUAAACGAUUACAAUCGUCAACUAGCUGAUCCCUACGCUGCUGAUGGAGAGGAACAUGAGCAAGCCCUUAUCAAUCAACCAUCUCAAGCAAAAGAAUUCUGUGACAGAGCGCAAGAGCUAUCUCAGCAAACCACUCACUCGCAAGCAAUUGAACUAUCAUUUAAAGGUCCUCCAAAUAGGGAGGUAUCACCUAUUGUCACUUCAGCAGAGCCUGCUUCCUUGGUGCAGCUUGCGUAUCAAGGCUUUAACGAGCCGAAGAAGAUGCAGACCCAAGGUAUUUCGCUGGACGAUCCAUUGAACGCAGCAGGCGACUGUUCGACCGGCUUAAUUCCAGAAGAACGCACUCCAAAACCCCGUGAGACAAAGGAACGAACAAGUAGAAGGCCAACCAAGGCCUCUAAAGGGUCAGUGAACGAUACGAGAAGCUUAGGAGUCCGCAUCAACCAGAGCGAUUACCAACUUUCACUUCAAACGCCCAAGGGGCGAGCAGGACCAGCGGUUUGGCGACCGGGGAGUGGAUUUGACGGAUACGUCCUGCGUAGCGGUCUUAAGCCCCUGAAGAGACGAAAAUACAGGACGAUGGACCCUGAGCAGGUACGAUAUCCUUUACCUCUCGAAAAAUUCCCGACGCACAAAUACCCCCAACGCGAGCUUUCUAGGUCAGCUGGUCUACCGUCACAACAGGCUUGUGUGGGCGAGAUUGUCACGUCUUCUUCUACAGUCACAAAUCGCUCGCCGUGCUUGAAAGGGUCUUCUCUUAGCAAAGGAAAGCACAUACUGCCGCUAGCCGGUGAGAGUUUCGUCCGGAUUUCGAAAGAGUCCAAGGUAGUGAUCUACACAGGCAAGGAGAUACCGGACUCUCAAGCACCACAGGGCGAAGAACCGAGCUUCAGAGGGUUCUUAGCCCCUGUAUUAGCACAGUACAUCCGAGGCGUUCCCCAAUUUACGAUCUGA